AUGACUUGCCACUCACAGCAAAACACCACUCCAACAGAGCGAAUGCAACACCAACCAACUGGUGUGGCGUUUUCAAAACUCUCACGAAACGAGUUUAUUGAACUCUUCUUGGAGAAAGCGUUUAUGGGGGAUUCGCAAGAAACAUCUCAGACAUCACAUGCUAACAGCGACGAGUUUUUAACAAUGUUGUCACUUCCCUCCGAACAACAACAAAUGGUGAACACGAAUCCAGUCAACGAUCGUACUGGCAUUUCGUCGCAUAAUUAUACCCUUGAAGACAGUUUGUUACUAGAUGAUUCUAAUUUCAUGCAAAAUUUCCGUGAAUGGUUGUUUUUAUCUCAACAAAUGCAAUCACUACAGUCGUACCUGUAA